AGUUGAUUCCCCCGGUUCCAUCUUUCAUCCCAUGCAGCCCGGUCCCACAGGCAAAUUUCCCACACACGGACCUUAUCCGCGCUGAGCUCAACUCACGGUUCCAUGGCGGGCGGUUCACCGGUUGGCUGGCUCCCGCCUUGUCUCCUGUCACCUGUGGCUGCUGCACUGCAUUGCAUCCUUGGUAUUCUCCAAUCCCAAUCCCAAUCCCAAUCCCAAUCCCAAUUCCUUGUCCUUGUCCUUGUCCUCGUCCUCGCCCUCGUCUUAUCCUCGUCUUCCUCUUUUGCUGGCUGCCGCUGUCGCUGUCUGUUGUUGUUGUUGUUGUUGUUGUUGUUGUUGUUGAGGAUUUGUUAGAAUCGCAGCUGCGUGUUUGUAUCACCCGUCCGACCUUUAUGGCGUCGUGCAAUACCCACGUCAACGCGACAAGGAGAAGCAGCAGCAUUCAUCGCCGCUCUGCACAAUAGGAGCUGGUUCCCCCCGCAAUGGAGGCCGAGCAGUCGUCGGCUCCCCUAGCGAUUAGCCCGACGACGACACUACCGAUAAUUCCCCAAUCACCACGGUCGCCAAAAACAACAACGACACCGCGGGAUGGACGCUUCCGAAAGACGCCGCCAAGGCUCAGGAAGGAUGGCGAGAGGCCAAAGACGGGAGGAGGCCGGGGCGCCGCCGCAGCAGCAGCCAUCGGACUGGCAAGGACGAAACUAUGGGCAUCAUCCUCAGCUGCGCAUUCAAAACCGCUGCUUCCGGUGACGGAGCGGAGGUCUCAGGAGGAGAACCUGGCGGGGCGGAGAGCAAAGAAGGCCAGUGUGGACGAUGAAAAGUGGGAUAUUGUUCCGGAUGGGGGAUCGGCUGGCCGAGAAGGGCGGAAUUUCGCUGUCGCAAAUGUCGGGCACAACGGUCGAAUUUAUUUGAGGCCAACCGUCCGCCCUGCCAACCAGCGUUACCCGCAGCCUCCGUUUGUGUUUCCCAUGACACCGCCGGGUACUGCCGGACUUGAGCCUCUGCCAUCAGAUAGACGUCGGGAUCACCGGGACGACAACGCGCAGGGAAGGCCAGGAACUACUACUCGCCCGCAGUUUCCCCCGUCAACACCAAGCCUGACUCGCCAGGACUCGGGGGAGAAGCAUGUUCAGAUAUGCCAGAGACAUCGUCGAGCCAUGUCGGAUUCCACAGUGCGGGAAACCAGUGUGGCCAGGGAGUCGGAGCCGGGAGGAUUCAAGAUCGUCAUUACUCAGCCGGGGGAGAAUGAAAGACCACGAACGGUCGAGGACUUGGACAUGACCAGGACGCCGCUGCUCGAAGUGUCGAUUCCGUCAUGGAGGAUAGGAACGCCUCGGUUCAGCGUUCGCGGUACGCCGUUUAUUCGUGGUUCGUCUUAUGCCCCUACUGAGGAUGUUCGAUCAAGCCGCGCUUCGUUCUUCAACUACACGCCCGUCGAUGCCAUUUCCAGCAUAUCCAAAACCCCAGAUGCAAUACGACAGCACCCGCACCCUCCUGCUAUGCCGCCCAACCAGGAUGGAAAUGCAGUUUCUCCCUCGGUCCCACUACGGGCGACAUAUCUUUCGACCCAUCUCGUGAUAGAGCCCUCCAUGUUUGACUCGCUGACUUUUAAGCCGGCCUGCGAUGACCGAUCUAUUGUGAGAUACUCACCCUCGGGAUCCGUGACGGCAGCCACUCCACCGCGGCUCGUGGCCGAAAUUACAUCUCCGAGCUUUCUCGACUACGAACUACUCUCGGAUUUUUUUCUCACUUACCGAUCGUUCCUAGAGCCAUCAGAUCUUCUCCGCAUGCUCUUUGCUCGCCUCAGGUGGGCAUUGGGAAGGAGUGACGAGGCGGGCAUGGUGGUUAGAGUCCGAACAUUUGUUGCUCUGCGGCACUGGAUUCUUAACUACUUCACCGACGACUUUGUAGUCGAUUACGACCUCCGGUUUGCCUUUUGCGAGUUAUUGAACGAGUUUGUCAACGAGAUCUCCCAAGACGCGAUAGCAAAGAAGGUGCCGCUUAAGAUUCUGGCCGAGCUGAAAAAGUGCUGGAGGAGGGUGUGUGCCCAGUUUUGGGACGGGCCAGAGUUUGACGCUUCGCUCCCGACCGGCGUCCCGAUAUCGCCUGGUGGCAUCGCUGGCCAUCGUGAUCCCAGUCUGGACCCGACUUUUUGGACGGCAAAGGUUGAUGAUGAUGCUGGGCCGCCGCAGAUUGAUGGGCUGAUUACGCCUGUUAGUCCGAGAGGACACACGAGUUUUUUGGCAGAGGUUUCGAGGGCCGGGCAUAUCGACUCGAUGGUGGUGGGGGAGCGGCCGGCGACGCCUGAGAACCCUACCAUACCGGAUACGGAGUUUACAAGGAACCAGCAGGCUUCGCCCGGCAGCAUCACUAGUGUUGAUGUGGUUUCUUGUUCGCUUCCUACCAAGAGCAUGCGGUUUCAUCACAGCGCCGGAUACCCGCUCGCUGCUCACCCUGCGGACUUGAGCUCGAUGUAUAAUGCUAGUUCCGACCCUAUUGCGACGACGCCGAGGGCGUUGGUGGGCAAGCGGGUGCGUCCGAAUCACUCGCACAAGCGCAACGCGAGCCUGAGUGAUUCUCUGCGUGAUCAUGCCACCAUGACGGAGAGGGUUAUCUACAAGAAUGCAGAGUUCCUGCUUACGCUGCCGUAUUCGGGGAGCUUAGUGAGGGGUGGUUUGAUGCCGCCGUCGCAGGCGUUUGUGGAGGUUAUUCCUGGCUCGUCUGGGGCGGGGUCGAGGCAGACGACUUUGUUUCAGCCGGCUGCUGAGUUGCCCAAGGAGAGCAGGCUGGUGGCGUCGGCGAUGUCGGGCCAGGGGAUGAAGAAGCUUUUGGGGAGUGUGCGGAGGGCACUGAGCACAAGGGGGCAGGCGCUAUCAUCGUCUACGCAGACGUAUGUCAACAUCUCGCCUAUUGGACCCAAGGGCGCGACGACGAAUAGGUUACCGGGUACUGCGAUAGUUCCGCAGUCUCGGGCCCGGCAGAAUAACGGUGCGGGACCCCCUGUGAGGAUUGAUUUGUUGGGCGCGGAGAUCGCAGAGGAUUUUAAGAAGGCUGUGCGGGAGGAUGCUGCUGCCGAGGCGGAGAAUCAAGGGUGCGAACCUCCGCCGGCGCCGGCUGGGGAGUAUUCAGCCGCGCAUAUGGACACCACCUUUGACUUUGGACCCGAUUUUGGGGUUGGGGAGAUGAGGCCGACGAGUGACAUGGGGAUUACCACGGGGAGCAAGUCGAUUGUGAUUGUGGAUGACACCCUGCUGCCGGAGAAUGAUUACCCUGCCAUGACGGGGGCUUUACCGGCGGUGAAUUCGAACUCGUCAAUGGAGGCUUUUGCCGAGACGUUUAUGCCCCACGGUGGGGAUCCCACUCCGCCGACGACGCCGCCCGGGGUGAGGGAUAUGGGGGUGCCGAGGAGGUCUUCUUAUAUUCUUGGGCAUCAGCCGUUGCGGCACUCGCAGUCCGCGGAUCCGUUGCCGCCGUUUGUACCUGACAUGGCGACGUUGGGGUCGUCGGAGAGCAGGAGGCCGUCGCAUGACUGGGUCAGGCCGUCGUUUGAUUUUUUGAACCAGACGCCUAACCGGCCGCCGUUGAGCGGUGUGAGGGCGCAGGGGCAGGGGCAUACGAGGCAGGGGUCCAGCAGGUCGUUUGUGUCGAGUCGGAGUAGAGGUCCGAGGAGGUAUGCGUCCUUUACGAGUGGGAUCAUGCCUCGCCGGUCGACGACGGUUAGGAGUUUUGAUGCGACGACGUACUCGGAGGGGAGUGUAAUUGGGGGGGCGGAUGAGUCGUCUCAGGCGGUGAUGAUUCCGGAGCCGUUGAGGGUUUUGAGGAGGAGGCCGGGAGGGGAUUUGAGGGCUGUUACUAACGUUGGCGAGCUGGAUCCGGCGGGGGUUAGGAGGUCGAGGAGUGUGGGGAGUUUGACGACGUAUACGGAUUCGAUCAACAGCUCGUCGUUUGUGAGGAGUCCGGUUCUGGAGAUGGCGGGUGGGUAUGUCGAUGUGGUUGCAAGUGACUACUCGCCGCGGAGGGGGAAUGAGGCUUUUUCGUUGGGGGCGAUUACGAAGAAGCAGCAGCCUGUGACGGAAAAGGCGGAGAAGAAGUUGAGUUUGUUCAGCACGCACUCUUCCAAGCCGAUUAUGAGGCCGAGUUUUGAGGCCGAGGCGCAGAAGCUGGCGCAGAUUCCGGAUGAUGUGGAUGAUGAUGGGGGGGUGGAGUCGGCGUUGUUGAAGUUGGAGGGGAGGUUUGAGAGGAGGGUCCCAGGGGGGAAGUUGUCGAUGGAUUUGAAGGGGGCAGUGCCGCAGAUCGAUGUUUCCGCGGAGGAGAGCGAGACGGUGGAUGAGAGUAGGGUUUCGAGGGAGGAGCAUGGGCAUGUCCACCUGGGUGAUGAGGGGGCGCAUCCGUUGUCGAUGUCGACGAUUCCGACUACGAUCAGUGUGCAGGGGGGAUUGUUGGAUGUGGCUGGUCGUCAGGGGCGGAAUGCGGAUGUGCAGUCUUUUCUGUCGGAUGAUUCGAGGGCUUCGCCUUUGUUAGAGAUGGAUGAUGAGGGCAGCAAGAGGACUGUGACGAGGGAGUGGACGGACCGGUCGGUGUUCCAGGGGCCGGAUGAGGAUGGGGCGACGCCGAUGGAUGGGAGGAGUGUUCAGGGGUCGAACCCCUCUUAUGAUUUUAUUAUGAAGACGGAUAGCAUGGAGAGGAUGAAGGGCGGGAAUGCACUGACGGUGCCGGAGGUGGGGGCGAGGAAAAGUGCGGAGCAGUCGUUUCUUGAUGUGGAGAGCGAUCAUGACAGCGAUCUAUCUUCGGAGUUGUCGAUGGAGGUGAUUGACUAUCAUGAGGCUGAUGUUGAUCCCUAUGCACCGUCGAAUAUUGGGAUUGCUGUGUCGACCCUUCCGGCACACCCACUGGCGGAUGUUACACCGGGCUAUCAGCCGUCCCAUCAGACGGGCUCUAGUCCAACGAACCCCCCAUCACCGCCAAUGACGCUCAUCCAGGCUCUUCACCUGUCUCCGGAGACUGCUUGCGUCCCAACGUUGGAGGACCAUCAAGUCUGGGGCGAGAAGCCACUUCCACCUACUCCGGAUAUCACGCCUACUGCGACAGCCGCACCUCCCUACGACACAACACAACUGCCACGCGCCUCGCCCGCUGACCCGACAGGCACGAAAGAAGCCUUGCGAAACGCGCCUAAGCUCGAGAUUCCCGAUCCGCUUGCAUCCCCGGAUGCUUCCAUCACGGCCCCAGCAAAACUCAACGCCCAUCUGCCCUUUAUCCUGGCCUUCGACAGCGACAUUCUCGCCCAACAAUUCACCCUCAUCGAAAAGGACGCCCUGAAUGAAAUCGACUGGAAAGAAUUGAUUGACAUGCGCUGGAAGAACGCCGAGCAAAAAGCCGGCGGGGGGAUCAACGCCCGCUCCUGGGUUUCGUUUUUACGGGACACCGACGCGAGGGGUGUGGAGGUUGUGAUUGCGAGGUUCAACAUCAUGGUCAAGUGGGCCAUUUCGGAAAUUGUGCUCACGCAAGACAUGGAGGAGAGGGCGAGGUGUCUGAUCAAGUUUAUUCACAUUGCUGCUCACUGCAGGCGGUACCGGAAUUUUGCCACGAUGGCACAGCUGACGAUUGCGCUCACGUCGAACGAGAUUUCGAGGUUGACGAGGACUUGGUCCAUGGUCCCUGCGUCUGACACCAAGACGCUUCAGGAGCUGGAGCAGUUAAUGUCGCCGAUGAGGAAUUUUUACAAUUUGAGAGAGGAGAUGGAGGGAGGGGGGAAGAUGGGCGCCAGGGCGAGCAUGGAGAUGGGGUGUAUUCCAUUUGUGGGGAUUUACACGCAUGACUUGCUGUUUAAUGCGCAAAAACCGUCAGAGAUUGCGAGCUCCCCGACGGGGGCGCCGCUGGUGAAUUUUGAACGGUGCAGGGUCGCGGCUGGGGUGGUGAAGACGUUGCUGAGGCUGCUGGAGGCGAGCACGGUUUAUGAGUUUGAGGCUGUGGAGGGGGUGACGGAGAGGUGUUUGUGGAUGGGGGCAUUGGAGGAGGGGGAGAUUAAGAGGUUGGUUGGGGGGUUGGAGUAAUAGAACUGCGGGCGGUUUUUGCGACAGACGCGCACACAAAUCAUCACAUCUCGUCACCACUCUACGGCAUGUAUUUGGCACACGCAUUUGUACUAUGUUUUUUUGUACAAGUACGCCGACACAUGAUUAUCAUCAGGAGCACCAUCGAUACCCUUUUUUUUUUUUUUUUUUUUUUCGAUUCUCAUUUCUUGGUUUCAGCAUUUUUGUUUCAUUACAGCACCACCAGAGUGGGUUUUCGCUUCGAUUGUGUUUAUUUAUUUUUUUUCUAUUUCUCCGAGACGAGAUUAUCAGACCUUGCUUAGUUAUGGUGUUUUUUAAAGGCUGGGAGGGGUUGAUUGGUUUGAUUUUCGAUAUGCUUUUUUAUUUUUAUUUUUGGAUUAAUUGGAAGGAAAGGAGGGAGUUUUCUUUCACCAUUUGGGGUAAGGGUUGUUUGAUAUAUAUGACUUUGUUUUGUUUGGGAGUGAUUAUUAUGUAAUUUUGGGAAUGGGAAUGGGGGAAAUAUUUAGAUACCAAGUUUUAAAGUUAAAAGAUGGAGAUGGGGGUUGAUAUGGGAAAACGGAGGGCG